AAAUCUCUCACAAAGGGACAUUUCUAGGGUUUCCGCGACGACGAUGAUGACUACCGUGAUGAGCUGCGAUGUCGAUGUGACGACGAAAAGAGAUUCAGACAAGUUUAACUUUUCGCCGAUGGAAAAGGAAAACUUGUACGAGGAAGACACUGAAAGCGAAAGCGAAAGCGAAGAAACCGAGAGCGAAGGCGAUGGAAGCGUGACGGUCGGGAAAUACAUAGGGUUAGAAGACAUGGAAGAACCGGAACCGGAGUGGGAUGUGGACAGCUUUGAUGGUCGGGAAUACGAAUCAGAUGCAGAGAUUCGUGACAGCUUUGCUAACGAAAAUGAUUACAUGGAAUACCGCGAAGAAAGGAUCCAGGCUCUGGAGGAUAGGGGGUUUUUACCAGAUCCAUUCAAUUACAUUGGCGCUAUUCAGAAUCUGGAUGGACCAGCUUAUGGAAACAUGACUAAUAGGGAGUACUUGGCGGGUCUUGCUUCCAUGUGCGUUAAGAAACUCAACGAGGUUAAGGGAAAGACUGUGGAAUUUGAUAGUAUUGUGAGAGCCACUACAAAUGCUGGAGGAGCUAGUUGGAAGCUGUAUAUAACGUUUAUGGCUCGGGAGUAUCCGAAUGGGCCUCUCCUGGAGUAUCAGGUUAAGGCCAUGGAUUUCGUUGGAGAUUCUCGACCUCCUUUUCCCAUUCUCUGCAGACCUGCCCCUAAACCCCUAAACCACUACUUGGCUAGUGAAGACAAGGAUACGCUGGAGUGAUGCAUAUAACCUUGUGGUCUCAUUUGGCAAGUGGUUUCUUAAUUGGCUAAAAAAAUAUAACUUGUAGAGGCAAAAUUUUGUUGUUCAGUCGGAACGAUUGAUACAAAGGAUUAUCAAAACGGUUGCUAUAAUGAAAUUAAAAAGAACUAUAGUUUGUAGUAAUCUAAAAUAUGUGAAGUAUUA